CCCGGGCGGCGGCCCUUCCAGCCUGCCGGCCGGCGUCACAACACAGCAGGAGAGGCAGGCGGCGGCUGAAGCGGCCCGAGCUGAUUGGGGUCCUGCGCGGCGGCGGCGGCGGGCGGGCGGAUCGGUGUCUCCUUCAGUUCGCCCUCCAGUGCCAGCGGCUGCAGCAGCGCGGCCUUCUAACGGAGAGAGCGUCCCGCACCCCCGGCCCUGCUCUGCCCGGCCUCGCUGGCCUCCCGCAUUAGCCAGCUCCAAUGGCGAUUCCUCCAUCCUACGUAGACCUUGGCAAAUCUGCCAGAGAUAUCUUCAAUAAAGGAUAUGGUUUUGGGUUGGUGAAACUGGAUGUGAAAACAAAAUCUGCAAGUGGAGUGGAAUUCACAACAUCUGGUUCAUCAAACACAGACACGGGAAAAGUGAAUGGGAGCUUGGAGACCAAAUACAAGUGGGCUGAGUAUGGGCUGACUUUCACAGAAAAAUGGAACACAGAUAACACUCUGGGAACAGAAAUUGCAAUUGAAGAUCAGAUUGCCAAAGGCUUGAAGUUGACAUUUGAUACAACUUUCUCACCAAAUACAGGAAAGAAAAGCGGUAAAAUUAAGUCAGCUUAUAAACGUGAAUGCCUAAACCUAGGUUGUGAUGUUGACUUUGAUUUUGCUGGGCCUGCAAUCCACGGUUCAGCUGUCUUCGGUUAUGAAGGCUGGCUUGCUGGUUAUCAGAUGACUUUUGAUAGUGCCAAAUCAAAAUUGACAAGAAAUAACUUCUCUGUGGGCUACAAGACCGGGGACUUCCAACUGCACACUAAUGUCAACGACGGUUCAGAGUUUGGUGGGUCAAUUUACCAGAAAGUGAGCGAUAAUCUUGAAACUGCUGUGAACUUGGCAUGGACAGCAGGCAGCAACAGCACUCGCUUUGGCAUUGCAGCUAAGUACAAGCUGGAUUCCACUGCUUCUAUCUCUGCAAAAGUAAACAAUUCUAGUCUAGUUGGAGUGGGUUAUACCCAGACCCUGAGGCCAGGUGUGAAGCUUACACUUUCCGCCCUGAUAGAUGGAAAGAGCAUCAAUGCUGGUGGCCAUAAACUUGGUCUUGGCCUGGAAUUGGAGGCUUAAAAAGGAGAAGAAACUCUUGCAGAGAAGGGAUAUCAGAAGAAUUUGGCCUUAAAAUGUAUUUCCAAUGUGACCAGGCUUUUUUUUUCCCCAAGAAGGAUGACCUAGAACAAGAGCUGUAUUUGAAGUAUUUAGACAGUUACUUGUUAGCUGGUUUCUAGUUAAAUUGGUUACCCAUCUAGUGAAAAUUCUGCAUUAGUGCAGUCACCUAAACAUUAUUUAAAUGUAUUUAACUGUUUAAUGCGCUACCCACAAAUAAUGAAAUAGACAUUUAUGAAAACUGUACAAUUGUGUGCAUGUUUGUUUUUAUGUUCCUUUUAACAUUCAGUAUUGCCAUUGAAUGAAAAAUGGAUCAGUGGAUGUUUUUAAAUGAGGUCAACAAUUUUGUUAAAUCACCUGAAGGAGAAAUACAUUUGGUAUCCCAAGAGAAGUCAUGAAUAAAACAAGUACACACACAUAUUUGUGCCUCAGAUACUUUAAGAUAUGAGGGUAGUGCUAAAUUAAAUGUUUUAAGCUUGAACUUGAAAUAAUCCAAGUAGUGCUCUAUGCCAUUGUGCAGUUAAGGACCUCCACCCCACCCAUGACAACAGUGAAUAUAGAUGGUUUUCAUUGAACAGCUGGAUUCCUCAAGCAAUUCGAAUGUGCUUUUCUGUCAGGUAAGAUUUGUCAUGACACAGUGGUGUUCCACAGGCAAGAUUUACUGCAUUACUGGUUGGCUUCCUGAUGCAGAGUGCAGAAUUAUGUACUUGAUGCACUGAAUCACUUAAGAACUUGAUACUUCUGCCCAAGGGGUGAAAAACCUCACCACAAACACACCUUUUGCUUAUAUUUGUAUGAAGUGAGAUGUGUGUCUGCAACUGAAUGUAACAGUGUAACCGUAUAGCAGUCUGCUUAUCCCAACUGCUAUGAGAAGUUUCUGCUUAAAAUGACUGAAAUAAAGGCUUAACUUUAAAAGAA